CCCGGAGAAGGACUGUUAGUUCAUCUCCCUCUCUCUCUCUUCUAUUCUCCUCUCUGUUAUAAAUUAGGAUUCUCAGGAAAACAAAAAUAUAUAUACGCCUCAGGUUUAUAUUUUCCCGAUAGAGAAAAUUCGAUGAUUUGAGUUUAGUUUUUUCUUUCUUGAAAGGUGUCUUGACAGCCCAGUAGAGUCUUUCUUAGAUGAGCAAAUAUACUUCUUUGGAGAAGAAGAGCAUGUAUUAGUUGUAGAUAGAUUCUGAUCGAACGUUACUACUCAAACGAUCACGGUCUUGAUAUAGUCAUUAAACAUAAAACAUGUUUGCCCUUUGUGCGCCUUACUAACUCGUUCUCGAUCUCAAUACUUCCCGGCCAAACAAGAUGAAGAGAUCACGUGGGAGCUCCGAUUCUUUAUCCGGGUUCUUACCAAUUUGCCACCCUGCAACAGACAAUCAACUAAGUCCAAGACCAACAGCCACCGGCUUUCUCUAUUCUGGUAGCGGAGACCACUCCCCGAUGUUUGACUGUCUAGGAGAUGGAAGUCUAGAGGACAUCACCGUCGGACACGCGUCGUCUACGGCGGCAACGGAGAAAAAGCGGCGAUUGAGUGUAGAACAAGUGAAAGCAUUAGAGAAGAAUUUCGAGAUUGAUAACAAGUUAGAGCCUGAGAGGAAAGUGAAACUGGCUCAAGAGAUUGGGCUGCAACCACGACAAGUGGCGAUCUGGUUUCAGAACCGCCGUGCUCGGUGGAAGACAAAGCAGCUUGAACGCGAUUACGGUGUUCUCAAGUCAAACUUUGACUCACUCAAACGCAGCCGCGACUCCCUUCAACGUGAUAACGAUUCUCUCCAUGCAGAGAUUAAACAGCUGAGAGCAAAACUUAACGUGGACGGUAUCAGCAGAAGCAGUAGUAACGCGUCGACGGAAGAAAACGUCUUAGUAAAGGCGGAUGAAACGGUGAUGCCUAGUAACGAAGUCUUAGAGCUAAACCAGCGUCCUUUGCCACCGCCACCACAUAUUCCUACGGAAGCUCCGGCAUUGGAGCUUGAAUACGAGAUGUUGAGCAUUUUCCCACGUGCGGAAAUCUUCAGAGAAGAUCCUGCUGAUAGUAGCGACUCAAGCGCUAUUCUGAACGAUGAUUAUAGUCCCACGGCGGCUGAAGCGGCCCCGGCUACGGCAGUUGAAAUGUCGACGAUGGGAUGUUUUGGACAAUUUGUGAAAAUGGAAGAGCAUGAAGAUCUUUUUAGUGGAGAGGAAGCUUGCAAGUUGUUUGCAGAUAAUGAGCAGUGGUAUUGUUGAGGAUAAAAUUGUGACAAAACACACAAUGGUGGGGAUAAAAUUGAAACUUUUGAAAAUUGUAGGGCACUUAUGAAAAUAUUUCUCAAGGGAUUGAGAAAUUUAA